UAGACUGAUUCCUAAUUACACUCAUCGCGAUCAGGAAUCAAAACCAGUGUACGAAAGCAACUUGGCUCAUCAACGACAAUAUCAAUUCGAUAAACAAGACUAUUAUCCAACAUAUCACGAUCGAGAAUCGCUCAUCGAUCCCCACACAAACAAUUACGAUGUGCAUGUGCCUCGUGAGACGUACAUAGAGCCGAACGUAUCGAGCAUGAUGCAGACUUCGGUCACUCCACAAAGCAUCUAUGGCACACAAUAUCUCGUUCCAGAAACCAAAAUCUCAUCACCGACCUCCCCUAUUGCCAAUAUCAACUUUUUCCAACCUACCGAAGAUACAGAACGUCCUGAAAUUCGAACCAUGUCUCCUCCUACUCUUGUAAAAUCGCGCGUACAAUACGUGGAAACAAUACCAAUGCAAAAAGCGUACAUCGAAGUGCCCGUCAAACCGGUCUGUGCGAGUGCUGCUGUGAUCUCUUCAUCUCAUAGUAACGACCAUCACACAAUGGAACGACUAUCACCAUCUGUAUCCAGAACAGCCCCCAGAAUGGCUGCUUCCAUCAGUACUAGCACAGUUUCCGUGAGCAACCAUGAUGCACCUUUCAUGCUGCAACCUGUCCCUUCCAAAUCGGCCCACGUGAAUUCAAAUCUAUCCAACAGCAAACCGUCGUUUCGUCAUCCGCAACCAUUGCCUCCUCUGGUGAUUCCGCCCACACCUAUUCGGUCGUCGUCUUCACCCAACCGAGCGGCUUUGCUAACACCGCGAUCGUCGUCUAUUCAGGAUUUGACGACGCCUGCGUCCUCUCGCAGCGGAGCUUCGCCUUUGAGUAGCGCGUCCACUUUCAGUGUUUCACCACGAACUCCGCAAUCCAACACGCUUCUGUCACCUUCCCCCCAACCACCCGGAGGCUCCUGCGGGGCGGCGAAAAAAACUAGCGCCAAGAAACAGUCAUUCAUUGGUGGCAGCGAGGCAGAAGAGCUAGUGCAUCGUGGUAUCAAGUUUCAUGAAGCGGGCCAGCUAGAAAAGGCCACUGAGUUGUUUCGUCAGGCCGCCAAUCAAAAUUUCCCAAUGGCUCUGUUUCUUUAUGGUGUUUCAUUGCGACAUGGCUGGGGAUGUAAGAAGAGCGAGCAUUUGGCGUUUCAAUAUCUGCAGAAAGCGGCCGAACAUGCGGUGAUGGAUCUGGAGGGACUGUCCAACACGGUGAAUACGUCGGCUGCGAAAGGUGAAUUGAUCAUGGCUAUUUAUGAGCUUGGCGUAUCAUUUCGUCAUGGUUGGGGGUGUAAGAAAAACAAGGAAACAGCGGUUUACUUUUUCAAGAUCGCAGCCGAUUUGGGGGAUCCGGACGCGCAGAAUGAUUUGGGACAUUGUUAUUAUCAUGGCCAUGGGGUUAAAAAGGACUUGUAUAUGGCAGCCAAGUACUACCGCAUGGCCGCCAAGCAAGGACAAUCCAUUAUGGGAAAUUCCUGGAUUUAUAAGAGCAAAUAUGAUAGACCUAAAUGACAGUGAAAUUAUUACAAUAAGAUGUAUCUGUAUUUUUAUUAAUCGGUUGCAUUUUAUUGUAAGGGGAAAAAUGGUGAAUUGGACAAAGAUAGGGAGAACGACAGUUCUUAUGUCCAACCGCCCUUUUCCACCUUCUGGUGGCAAAUUGGGCUGAUAAAAAAAAUACAGCGUUAUGAUGAAUACGUAAAAUAAAUAACAAAAAGAAGAUAAAGGGCAUGUGUACAUGAAAAAGUUAAGUAUAUAGACAUU